AUGGCUUUCAUGAAGUCCUUAGCAAUCGAUUACAACCAGCCGCAAAUAUCUCCCUACGAACAAUCAAGAAUCGUCGUCAUUACCGUCGGAAAAAGGAAUUACUCCAUUCCAAAAAAUUAUCUCUCAGGGCACCUGCUGGUCCAAGCAAGACAGUCUCAGAAUCCCCGUAUUCUACUCAGAGAUGUCGACGCAGAUGUUGGCCACACCAUCUUACAUUUCCUAUACAAAGGGGAAUAUGAAACGAUCUUUUACGAGGAAAAUCAAAGAGAGAAACACCAAAUUGAACUUGAAUAUGAGAGAAGCGUCCAGGUUUACUAUGCCGCCAGGAAGUAUAAGAUAGACGGCCUCGAUGCGCUUGCCCAAAACUACAUCAUGACUCUCAGUGAAACCCUGUCAAUUUUCCAGAUCCUACGAAGAGCCAGAUCAAUAUUCUCAAAAUUGCCUGAGAAUGAAGAAUGGUUUCAUCACUAUUUAGACACCAAAAUUUCUAGCAGCUUCGCGGAGGGUGAAACAACAUUCCAACUGGACGAGUUCUACGCGGAAAUUGUGGAUGAUCCAGCAUUCAGCAAAGCUGUAAUGAAGAUUAUAGUCAAAGCCUUUACCACCGAGACCUCACGCUUGCGAAACAUUCUUAGAGUUACCGGCGGCAGUGAGACAAAGAAUGAUGGCGAGCCUUCGUGUGAACAAUCGUUUGCCGUACCCCAAUCUGAGCCUACCGAAGGACACGACAGAGAACAAUAUCUUGAAGUACGGCCCAAAGCACAUAAAACUGCAAAUAACUCAUCUUCAUCCACUUCUGAUCGGAACCGUCCGUGCGGUGAGCCUGCGGUCGAGCUCCUUCCAGUUGACUGCGAAGAGGCCAACCCAGAAGUUCCCUACAGUCACGAAGAUAGUGAUAAUUGGGGUUGGGGAUUUCGGGGAUUAGACAAGAAGAAGUAG